GAGCUGACGCCGCCGUGUGCUUCGACUCCGGGCAGCGGCCGCCUCGGCUCGCAGCGCUCGGAAAGUUGGGUCGGACCUGAACCCCUAAAAGCGGAACCGCCUCCCGCCCUCACGCCAGCCGCCAGCCCGGAGCUGAGUCGCCCGCGGCGGUGGCGGCGGACGGACCUGGGAGUUUCCUCCCGCACUGGAUGGAGCUGAACUUUGGGCGGCCAGAGCUGCGCGGCUGUCCGGGGAUCGCUGCAUGCUGAGCUCUCUUGGCGAGACCCAGCGGCGGCUCGGGAAUUUCUGGGGGGCGGGGACCACCUGCACGCCGGCACCAUGUUCCUGGCGACCCUGUACUUCGCGCUACCGCUCCUGGACGUGCUCCUGGCGGCCGAGGUGAGCGGCGGGGACCGCCUGGAUUGUGUGAAAGCCAGUGAUCAGUGCCAGAAGGAACAGAGCUGCAGCACCAAGUACCGCACGCUGAGGCAGUGCGUGGCGGGCAAGGAGACCAACUUCAGCCUGACAUCCGGCCUGGAGGCAAAGGACGAGUGCCGCAGCGCCAUGGAGGCCCUCAAGCAGAAGUCGCUCUACAACUGCCGCUGCAAGCGGGGUAUGAAGAAGGAGAAGAACUGCCUGCGCAUCUACUGGAGCAUGUACCAGAGCCUGCAGGGAAAUGAUCUGCUCGAAGAUUCUCCGUAUGAACCAGUUAACAGCAGAUUGUCUGAUAUAUUCCGGGUCGUCCCAUUCAUACCAGUGGAGCACAUCCCCAAAGGGAACAACUGCCUCGAUGCGGCCAAGGCCUGCAACCUUGACGACACCUGCAAGAAGUACAGGUCCGCAUACAUCACCCCGUGUACCACCAGCAUGUCCAACGAAGUCUGCAACCGGCGCAAGUGUCACAAGGCCCUCCGGCAGUUCUUCGACAAGGUGCCAGCCAAGCACAGCUACGGGAUGCUCUUCUGCUCCUGCAGGGACAUCGCCUGCACCGAGCGGCGGCGGCAGACCAUCGUGCCUGUGUGCUCCUAUGAGGAGAGGGAGAAGCCCAACUGUUUGAAUUUGCAGGACUCCUGCAAGACAAAUUACAUCUGCAGAUCUCGCCUUGCAGAUUUUUUUACCAACUGCCAGCCGGAGUCAAGGUCUGUCAGCAGCUGUCUAAAGGAAAACUACGCUGACUGCCUCCUCGCAUACUCAGGGCUUAUUGGUACAGUCAUGACUCCCAACUACAUAGACUCCAGUAGCCUCAGCGUGGCCCCAUGGUGUGACUGCAACAACAGUGGGAAUGACCUGGAAGAGUGCUUGAAAUUUUUGAAUUUCUUCAAGGACAAUACAUGCCUUAAAAAUGCAAUUCAAGCCUUUGGCAAUGGCUCCGAUGUGACUGUGUGGCAGCCAGCCCUGCCUGUUCAGACCACCACUGCCACCACCACCACAGCCUUCCGGGUCAAGAACAAGCCCCUGGGGCCAGCAGGGUCUGAGAAUGAGAUCCCCACUCAUGUUUUACCACCUUGUGCAAAUUUACAGGCACAGAAGCUGAAAUCCAAUGUGUCGGGCAGUACACACCUCUGUCUUUCUGAUCGUGAUUACGAAAAGGAUGGUCUCGCUGGCGCUUCCAGCCACAUAACCACAAAAUCAAUGGCUGCUCCUCUGAGCUGCGGUCUGAGCCCACUGCUGGUUCUGGUGGUAACCGCGGUGUCCACCCUAUUAUCUUUAUCUUUGGCAGAAACAUUGUAGCUGCAUUUAAGAAAACAAUAUAUGGACAUGUAAAAAGACAAAAUCCAAGUUAUCUGUUUCCUGUCCUCUGGUAUAUCUGAAAUUCCGGUUUUAGGAGCUCAGUUGAGACACUGCUAAAACAGUUUUAUCCAACUGGAAUUUUUUUUUUCUUUUUUUCUUUUUUUUUAAGAAAGCUUUUUGUGAUCUUUAGGGCUUCUAUGGAAUACGCGAUGCAGUGCUACAUUCCAGACUCAAAAGGCUUUGGGGCAUGCUGUAUUGUAAAGGGACCCUUUGUCAGUUGAGCUGUAAAGCAAACUGAGGCCAUGUUUUUCAUGAUGAUGAUGAUGAUGAUUUUACAGCUUAACUCUGGCCUUUAUUAGCUAGAGAAGGAGUUAGUAUUUUUCAAGAAUCUUCCAUAGCUCAUGUAAUGGCUUUGAUUUCUGAUGACAUAACAGCAGCCUAACAUGGAUGCCAAGCUUUUUUGUCACAAAGUGAAGAUUCUCAUCAAGAAAAUCUUGAUAGACUCUGGGCAAACAAGCUUGGACCAAUGUUCACCUUUCUAUAUGUACUAGCAUUUUCUGCGCUAAUGUUUAUGUAUUGUGAACAGUUCUGCACUCUCCUACAAAACAAAAAAACACCUGUCAUAUCGAAAUGUAGUGCCUGUCUUCUAGUCAAAAGAGAGAGUGAGGGGGCAUGAAACUUGGCAGUACCUUGAUCAUUGAAUGACACUCUCCUAAGCCUUACCUGAGUUAGAAGCCCUUAAACUAACAAGAGUCAAAUAUAGCCGAAGCAUCACUCUAAUACUCUUUACACGUAUGAGGUUAUAUGUAGAAAAAAAGAUUUUAUUACUAAAUGAUUUCAACUGUUGGCUUUCUAUAUUUUGAAAGUAAUGAUAUUGUCUUCAUUUUUUACUGAUGGUUUAAUACGAUAUAUAUGGAACUUGUUUUCCUCUCAUAAGUAGUGUCAGCUCCAAUGUUAACUUCACAAAUACAGCUCUUCAAAAGCAGACUCUGAGGAGCCUCAUGCUUUAGCAGAAAGCUCUGCAUCACGUUACUGUGGACAGGCGGGAGGAAACAGAGCAGCCAAGAGUUGUCUUUCAUCAUUUCUUGAAAUGCAAGUGUGCAUACCUGUGAAAAAACUGGCAGCCACUUGUAAAUGUUCUGCAGUGUCUAAUGGCACCCUUGCCAGGUGACACAAUCCAGUACCUUGGUUUUCAUGUUCCCUGACAAAGGCAGCUUUGAUUAGGACAGGGGAUGGGGAUGUGCUGCCCUCUCUCCUGAAGCAGAUCCGUGCCGGUACACAGUUUUUUCCUAAGGAUUGUCUUUGCUCCUGACUGUGAAGUCUUGGCCACUGUUUAGAGCUGUUUGGUCUGAAGGUCAUCAGAAAUCUGCU